AUGGAAGAUAUAAUUGAUAAGUUUAAUAAUCUUACCGCAAAACCUAUAAAAUAUUUAGCAGUUCAGGACGAUAUAAAGCUUGAUGUGAAAAAGUUAAUAAAAAAGCUUUAUGACUUUACAAAGGCACAAGAGCAAAACGACCACAAAGUAAAAAAUACGGCUUUACCAUAUUUACUCGUCGAUGAUUUUGACGAGGAACAGAUUUGGCAACAGGUCGAACUUCAAAACUCACAGUGCUGGGAUAAAUUAGUAUGGGAAGUAGCAAAUUGUAUAUCGGUUAAAAAUGAUCUCAUAUUUCCAGUUAAAUUACAAGGAGAAGAGAAAAACGAGUCAGUGGAUACUGAUGAAGACGAAGAACCUUUAAAAAAGUCUUUAUCGGAGCAAGCUUCACUACCUUCAAAGAAUGUUAUAAAUAAAAACAAAGCAAUAAAACAAUCGAAAAGUAAUCAAAAGACAAAAUCAAAGGAUUCAAUUGUUGAUGAUGACUUUUUUAAAUUAAAAGACAUGGAGAAGUUUUUGAUAAGCGAAGAAAAGAAUGAAGGUAAGAAAAAAGAAGACACUGAUGAUGAGUCUAUAGACAUGUUUCAAGACAUAGAUGAUGAGGGAUCAGGAGAUGAGGAAGUUAAUGAGAAAGAUAUGAUGUACUCCGAUUUUUUUGAUGGUGAAGCAGACCAUAGAAACGGAGAUAAUAAUGAAAAUGAAUCAGAGGAAGAAAUAAAUGAUGAUUCUAGAAAGCGUGAUAAAAGGGUGAGAUUUGCUGAUGAAGCAACAGGUGUCCCUGAUUCUAAUGAUGAUUAUGAUGAAGAUGAUAAUGAUAGUGAAGGUGAUAGUGAAGCAAAACCUGAUAAAUUAUUAAAUAAAAUGGAUAGUGAAGAGAGUAAAUCUGAAUUUGAAAAACGACAACAGCGCUUACAGCAACAAAUUUCAAAACUUGAAGAAAAAACUCUCAGUGAAGCACCAUGGCAAUUAAAAGGAGAAGUUGAUGCUUCUAAAAGACCACAGAACUCUUUGCUUGCAGAGGUUGUUGACUUUGAUUUGACUACCAGACCUCCCCCUAUUAUCACAGAACAAACUACAAUUACAUUAGAAGAUAUAAUCAAACGUAGAGUUAAAGAUAAAGCAUGGGAUGAUGUUGUAAGAAAAGAGAAGCCAGUAGAUGACCAACUUGCCUUCCGUAAACCCGAAAUAUUAGACCACUCUAAAAGUAAGUUAAGCCUUGCCCAAGUAUAUGAAGCCGAAUAUUUAAAACAGAAGCAAGCGCUUAGUGCUGACAACGAAGAAGAAAAAGAACCAGAAGUUCAUACAGAAAUAAGAGAUGCUAUGAAGGAAUUGUUUACAAAGCUAGAUGCAUUAUGCCAUUAUCAUUAUACCCCUAAGCCUCCACAGGCUGAAGUUAAAAUUGUGAGCAAUACUCCUGCUAUUUCUAUGGAAGAAGUUGCCCCAGUUGCUACUAGUGAUGCUGCAUUAUUAGCACCAGAGGAAGUUAAAAAGAAACGCAGAGGUGAUUUGAUGAGUAAGGAAGAGAGAACUCAAACGGAUAAAAAACGUGAGAGGAGAAAGAAGAAAAAGUUACAAAGGCUUAAAGGGAAAGUAAUGAAAGUAACGGAGCAGAGAAAUACAAAGAAGGGUGUAGAAGCAAAUGAUAAAUCUUUAAAAACCUCAAAAGCUUUCUUCCAACAGUUAAAUGACGAUUCAACUAGUUUAAUUAAAUUAAAAACUAAGCGUAAGAAUAAAGGUCAAUAA